AUGGAAGCCAAGGACGAGGUUAUUCUUCGCCGUCAGGUAACUUAGGUCCCAAAUAUUUGUCUUGUUAGCAAGACACAGGUCCAUUUCUCACCAUAUAAUUCAGUAUUUUUUGGGCUGUAGGGAACUCUCAUCAGAUGGCAACACCUGCUUUUUAUACAGCGAGAAAGGUAAGAACCGCUUUGGUAGGUCUUACGAAUCGUGUGUUUGGUAUGGGCAAAUACUCAGAAUUACGAAUAUUUAAUUACUUGUGUAUCUUUUGAUCGCUGUUCAUACGAAACAAAGCAUGGAGCAUCACUCGGCAAUAAUGUAGCAACCUUUAACAUAAUAUUGCUUUGAUAUGACACUAAAUAACUAUUGCUUUUCAGUAAUUUGUUUCCACUCACUAAUCAAUCUCAUGGUAAGUUAAGAAUACGUUAAAAAGGGCUUCUUGGAGGUAGUGUUCUAUUCUUUCAGAUGGAUAGUCUUCUUUGAUAUUUAUAUAUAUGUGGAGGUCCUUGGUAUCCAGUGAUAAGAGGUUAAAAUGGUGGAUUUUGUACUCGAUGAUGCACAUGUUCUACAGUUAAAUUUCGUUAUUGCGGUCUGUAAUCUUUUUGCAAGUCAGUGCCCGCCACUUUGAAGCCUGCAUUUUCUUGUAAGAACCACGAAACGGUUCAAUUUCGCAUCCAAAGGGCAGCUUAGAUGUAAGAUGCAUUAAGCCUUAUAAUCUUCUAGUGGUGACGUUCACUAAAGCAGGUGAAAUGGGCAACUUAAGAGAAGAUUUGCGUCCGCAUAACACUCCAACUUUUCGGACCUCUAUUAUGUUCAUGGCAAGAUAUCUAAUAAUUCACUUCACGUUCAUUUCCAGGGAAAAUUGGGAGAACAACGUAUUACAAAAUGUUCGAGUAAGUACCAAGGUAUCUCAUUAUGAUAUUCAGAAGUGAUUUCCCCAUGACCAAGGCGCUUGUUAAGUUACCAACUGUUAACUGGAAUGUUUUCUCAAUUAUAGGUGGAAACAACCGAAAUAAGACAGGAGUUUGAGAAUAAUGAUGAACAAGAAAGGUAAAGUUUAGAUUAAGAAAAGCUUCGCGUCCAGAUCACAUUCCAACUUUUCGGACCUCUAUUAUGUUCAUGAUGUCUAUUAAUUCAGUUGAUGUUCAUUUCCAGGGAAAAUUGGGAGAACAACGUUCUGCAAAAUGUUCGAGUAAGUACUAAGGCAUCUCGUUAUGAUAUUCAGAAGUGAUUUCCCCAUGAUCAAGGCGCUUGUUAAGUUACCAACUGUUAACUGGAAUGUUUUCUCAAUUAUAGGUGGAAACAGCCGAAAUAAGACAGGAGUUUGAGAACAACGAUGGACAAGAGAGGUAAAUUUUAGAUUAUUGUGGCUAAUAAUACCACUACCACCACCACUACCACUGCAAAAAGUGACUAAAUGAGGAUAAACCAUUCCUAAAACUUGCCAUUCCAUGCAUAACGGCAGGCGGGUUAUAAGCUACUGCUGACAGUAAGAAAAUCUCAUCACGUUGAAAAUAUCCAGGAUUUCUUUAUACAGUGUGAACAUCUACUGGAAGCUUUACACCACUCCCUUUAUUCUUCUUCCCAACCAGCAACAAUCACCUUUCUUUUAGUCUUGGAAAUACCCAAAAUCCAAAGCCCCUUCUCUGCUUCUUUCAUAAUUCUGUUAUCGAUAUUUUAUAGGAUUCGACUGGAAGAGUGGGUUACGAAGGCAUUGUAAUAUAACAACAGCUGCUGAAAAACGAGCAACAGAGGUGGGUAAAAAUGGUCAAAAGAGGGAAGCAAGGCUUGUGAUAAUCUGUGUAGUACCUAUUGUAAGCCUCGAUUAACAAGAACACCACACGUAGCACAGGUUUUUCUCUCCUUGCCACAGAAUAGACACGGAUUACCAGAAUUUGUUUUGAAUUGACUUCUUGACCAGGAAGGCUCACUUCGUUAUUAUAUUUCAAAAAUUUCCACUUCUUCUUUCUUUUAUAUAUCUCUACUUCUUUCUCAAAAACAUUUCUAAGCAUCCAAGACUUACUAGCAUCUGUUGGAAUGUGUCAUCAUUGUCAUCAUCAUUAUCAUGUCAUCGUCACCAUUGGCAUCAAAUUACAGUCAAACUCCAGAAGAAGCAUUAAAAGUGCUCGUUAUAACAUUCAUCGUCUUCAUCAUCAUCACCAUCAUCAUCAUUGCUAUUAACAAAUAAUUAUCAUUCUCAUUCCAUCACCAUGAUCAUCAAGAUCAUCGCUCUCACUAUUAGCAUGCACCACCACCACCACCAUCAUCACCAUCAUCACCAUCAUCAUCAUUAUUUACAUCUUAUCAUUGCCAUCAAAUUCACAGUCAGUCCAGAAGAACAAUUAAACAAAUUCAUUAUUUGAACAUUCAGCAACAUCAUCACCAUCAUCAUUAACCCGCCUCCACUGUUGUCAAAAUCACUAUCAAACUCCUGGAGAAAGUGAAUGAAACAGAGGAGCUGUCCAGCGAUCCAUGUAAUAUCCACACAAUAUAAAUUCAAGUGAUCGGGCUUGAUUACAAUUUGAGCAAACACUGUGAGACCAAUAGGUCUAGAAAACAUCAGCUUCAGCAAUGGUUGUUAGCUUUUAUCUUCCAAGAUCCAAUUCUUCUUUAAAAUCUAAGGGAGUUAAGGAAAGAAAAAAAGAAUGUUAACAUUACAAUACAAAACGUGCCCAACUUUUUAACAGUAUCACCACAUAUCUACAUUCAAGCCAAAACUUAAUAAUAUGGAAUUGAAUGGAUGCAAUUUUAUCCUAGAACUGCUGGGGGCGAAGCUAUACGUACGCAAAUAAGCAGUCACGAAAGAAAACCUUAAAAAAAUUCAGACUCAAAACCCAUCACCACUGUGAUACAGGUGCAGUGCUCAUGUCCCUGAGCUAUCGAGCCAACUAGCAUCUGGUCACUUAAUCAGUUCGUAAUAUAUCCGGAGUAGAUGAAGAUAGCAAAGUGAAUAAAUGAAAUUUUGCUAUUUACAAGCAUUUUUGCUGGCUUUCUUUUGCAACUACUUGAGAUGAGAACAUAACCGAGAUAAUCGUUCACGUGUUAAAUCUUUUUCCCCCAGUUCAGACAUUAUGAUUUUUAUUAAGGCCAUUUGCACGAUGACGUCAUUUUACUAUUAAGACCAUAGUCCUUUUUGCUUUUCCUCUCAAAUUAAAUUUGGUAAUCCCAGCGAGGUUUACAAAACAAAAGCCCUAAUUUGCACAUGAAAGCAAAACCCUGAAGGAUUCUGGUCGUAGAAGUAAAAUAACCUCAUCGGGCAAAUGGCCUAAAGUCCAGUUUUGAAUCCUCUGCGGCCGCUGAAUAGAAGCACUGUAGACUCAUUUAUACAGGGUUAACGUCGACCUAAAGUAAAAUAUUAAAAGAAAGGGGACAAGGUACCUGGAAUUGUGUUUAAAAAAAUAGACACAAUUACAUACAGGUAUUCGUCUGACUGGAAUUUGUGACUAAAUUUACCUUAGGUCGAGGCUAACCCUGUAAAAAUCAGUCUUCAGUGCUUCUAUUCAGCGGCCGCAGCGAAUUCGAAACUGGAGUAUUGCCUUCUUGAACUAUCUCGUUUGAAAGUGUAAUACUAAAAUAAUCUUCAUCUUUCUUCUUUGUUUUAACAGCAAAAAUAUGAGAAUCGGGAUGAAAAGUUUGGAAGUUUUAGAGAUUAUUGUAUACUACCAUAUUUAUGUAAAGUAAUUUAAAAAUACUUAUUAUUUAAAAAAUUUUGGUGUGCUAGCUAGCCAAGUACUGACUGGAAGAGCCCAUCAAUAUUUAUGUACUUGACCCAAAAUUAGCUAUCCAAAAAAUAUUAAUUGAAAUGGCGAAAGAGAAGACAUUAAAAUAAUUUGAAAGUUUAAGCCUGGGAUAUAAUGGACUUAUUUUAUGUCCUCAGAGAGUAUUCAUGUGCAUGAGAUGACAGAGUUUAGGAAGAAAAUAAAGGGACUUAUUCUGUAUUCCAUUACGAUAAUAUUUUGUAUAAUAUUAUGUCCUGUUUAUUUAUGUUCAGGUACGAUUAUGUAUAAGUAAGAUCGGUUAUGGUUAAAAAUAAAGUGAAGUUAUUGGAAGCCGUCUCAAAAUGUGUAGGCCAGCCUACCCCACGCCCCCUUCCUUCCCCAUUUUCUCAACAUUACAUAUUUCAUUGAAAAAAGGAAACGAAGCAUGUCGUGUAACUUGUAAUCGAUAAACAUUCGGAAGGUGAUAGUGUCAUUAAUUCCACUCGCUUUCUUAGGUCUUACCAGGGAUUGUUGCACGCUUUCGGUUAUCGAAGAAGGAUUCUAAACUAAGCUGGUCCAACUUAGAAAACAUAAACAGGUUAAAACUUUCGGUCUAAAAGCACCCGGAUUCAAAGGGUGCUUUGGUAAGCGAAUCAAUGCAUUAUAAUGAUGAAAUACGGUGCGAAACAUUUCAACAGUAUACCUGCUUUUAUCGCAAGACGUCAGCAAUAGUAAAAUCUAUGUACAACCCUUAUCUAGCAAACGGAUGGGUGUUAAAUUUAAUCUUUUUCUUGAUCUCGUGACAGACAGACAACCACCGAGACCGCCAAAAUAACUGCUUAACGCAUCAUUUGAUCUGUUUAAGUAUCUCUCAAAAGACGCUUGCGUCAUGCAAACCAAAACAAAACUAGAAUAAAGCCACAGCUUUAAUAACACCCCACAAAUGCUAAGGUCAUUCACAUGGUUGAAGACACAAAAUAAACAGGCUUUACUGCCUCACGCAAUUCAAGGACAUCUUACACAACGUUGAAUCAAAGGAUGAUUUGAAUGACUAUAUCUACAAAAAAAAACCCUACAGUAUAAUGGCGAAAAAAUGCCAACGUUAAUACCAAAACUACAUGGUUUUUGAAAGGUUAAUGGUAACUAGUUUGCCUUCGGCUAAUUUGAACGGUCACCAGGGCUGGUACUAUAAUAUGGGAUAUGAUGCAUACUGAUUUAUUAUUUUCGCAUUUUCCGAGAACGUGCAGAAAGGUUGACUGCUCGUGUACUGUCCGGAUGAACUGCUUUGCAAGCUUUUCGUUUCGUUUAGUUAACACUAAAGAGCAUCAGAUGAACCACACGAACAUACUAGAGGAACUUUCAUCCAUUUCAACACGAAAACGAUACACCGCCAUACUUUGAUUAAAUCUUACGACAUCUCAUUUCACUAAGCUCGCUUGACUACAUAAAUUUAGCGUAAGUGGGUAGUAUAUUCAAACCCAGGCAUUCUCAUCCGUGCAGAAAUAUAUCUGGAACACGGGCUCAAACCUCGAUUCACGUCAUCCCUUCACUACACUUCCGCUUUAGAGUUUCUAUAAAAACAAGAAAUGCGAAUCGAGGCGAGUUACUUGUGAGUAGUUGAUUUUGCUCUUGUAACGGAAGGUCUCUGCAGACAUUUGUCACGAAGCAGAGAAAGUUUAUCUUCUAACGUUUAACGGACUGAGCGAGAGGAAAAUGUAGCGUGAAAGUAACAGAGAAAAAAAAAACAGAGCAAGAAGAAUGACCGCUAACCUUAUCGACGGAAUAAAAAAAUAAAGCAGUUGGUAAUUAUUUUACUUCGAACAAAACCUCUAAAUCAUCCGACCAAGAAGCGCUUGCAUUACAAUGAAAAGCACAGCAUUUAAUGUACAUUGUAACUUGAAUAUAUAUAGUUUUUGCUAGACGCGCGUUCCUUUUUACCACUUGCUUUAUUGAAAUUUAGGAUUAAUUUAGGAUAAAAGAUUUUUUUAUGGGUAGGUUUUAGUGUGGAAACUUUGCUGUGUUAUUAGUUUUUGCCCAUAAAUAGAUCUUAUAAUGCGUAGAUUUUUUUGUAAAUUAAGAUAUUUUUUAAACGAUUGUAUACCAGUCCUAGCCUCUAGCUUGUAAUCGUUAGUUUUAUUUACCUUUGUAAAGUAUAUUGUAAUUCGGUUGUUCAAGGGAAUAUGCGAAAAACCCCAUACUUUACUUUACCUGUUAUUUACAAGUUUUACGCUGUUUCCUUUUCAGCAUGAAGACAAUGAAGAACGACCAUAUCACCGAGUAACAUGUACACGUUCCCUUCGAAAACUUCUUCACGAUAUUGUGGACUUCAUGCGACUUCAUUACCCUACUUUACGAGAAACGAGUUACCCAAGACUUCACAUAGCUAUAUAUUCUCCAUAUAACUAUAGCUGAGAUGUUCCGUUCCUUUCCUACCAGCCACAGAAAGUUCCUUUUAGUCCACAAGCAUAUUUUUUGGACUAAAUUGACCCCAAACCCCUCCUUGAGUGGAUUUCAAAUACUUUAGCUUAAGGGGGAGUAUGGUCGUUUUUUGGGGGAUUUGAUGUUGAUUUGGGAAGGAAAUAUGAGGGUAGAUUAGGUAUACACAUAAGCCAGUUAAUCCGCUAAUGGAUCAGAGACACCUUGCUGUGGUGGUGGGCUAUCUGGUAAUUGUCUAGUAAUUAUUCUCUUGAUAUUUUAAUUCUUAACAACACACAAAUCCAAUAUUUUCCCAUUUUUACAAAAUUUUAAACAUCUUUCCCCGUAAUUUUUACACUUAAAAACAUUCGAAAAAUCACCUAAAAAUUCUCAAAUAAUUAGUGAACUUACGCAACAGGACGGGAGAGGAAAGAAGACGGCAAACCUUGUGUGACAAGCGUGACAAUAAUUUUAUUUGAAACAACUUUUCGCCAAACUUCACUUUCCUUUAAACAGAUCUUUUUGUAAUGGACCAGAAAACCUUGGUGCUAAGUGAAGAUCACGACAAAACCCACAGGUAAUAGCCUUGUCACCUUUGUCACACACAGCUGUUUUGCCGUCCUCUUCUUCCUGCCGUCCUGUUGCGUACACUCACUAUGAUUGAAUUAAGGACUGCAACUUGAGUCGUUUUCUGAUUGAAUGAAAGCUUGGCUAGAUAUUUAAGAAAAAGGGUGGAAAUCAACGAAAAAUAAUGCUUUUAACCAAACUCCCCCAAACGUAAGAUUAAACAUUGAUUAUUGUGGUCCUAAAUUAGUUCCGAACAGUAUGAGCCAGUUAUCCUAAAUGCCUGAAAAACCCAUUCAGACUAACGCAAGUAUACAGAUCUCCAAAUCAUUCAAAAGGAACACAAUCUGUUUUAAAUUCGUUACACGGCCGAAAGAAUAAAAAUAUUCAAAAGACUUCUGGUUUUGACUUCCACUUUUUACGGUAUUUUUAACGCUCACGUUUCAUUGCUUCAUUAUAACUGGCUUCCUGGAAUAGUUUCGGUUUGCAAUGGAAGGCAGCAGGGUGUCUACUGGAAUGAAUGCAAGAAAAUGAUCUGUAAGCCAACAAACACUGACAUUUCACUUUAAGGAAUGGUCGUAGCACUUUCAUGGUCAAUUUAAGCAAUUACGAAAAGAAGCCUGAAUUUGCUUUUAUCACACACAUAUUGAACAAAUUUGACAUCCGCAGUUUAUACAAGAUUGAUCUCUGACACAUUUGCCCAGAGGAAAAUAAAUAUUGCUUACCUGUUUAGAUGAAAAGCUUUAAAAAGUUAGAAUAAAGUUACAUACAACGAGUAAAAUGGCAAAAUCGUACAGGCAAUUAAGUUCAAGUUUACGGUAGCAUAAACUGAUGUUAAUAAACCUGAAAAUUAUGCCCUAUGAAAGCACACAUAUUGACCUACUAGCAACAAACAUAUCUCUGUUCUUUUGUCACACAACGUUCAACAUUUGAAUAAGCUUUUGCACUAAGUAACGGCAGAUACUAGUUCAAAGUACAAGAAAAAACAAUGAACAGUAACUAGUUGUUCAAUUAUAAUGUAUCCUUCCUCUCUGGCAAAGUCCACUGUAGCAUGAUAUAUUUGCUAGAUUCCCCAAAGCUUCCAUUCAUAAUAUCACAUGCUCAUCAUGCACAUGUGCUCCCCUUUUUGCCGUACACUGUCCUUUCCCAGUCAGUUCUCUAAGGGCUUCGGUUCAUUAACAACAGCAUUUUUUCCCUCCCAUCCCCCUCCCCACUUUGUUCUGACUGGAACCUUUGUUUAGCUCAUUCAAUUAUUCCUUGUGCUCACUAUAUAUUUAGCACGACCAGAGCGUAUAUCAAGGGGAUCAUUAUUUUAUUCCUCUACAUCUAUAUGUAUCUUUAAGUUUAAUCGUUUACAUUAUGGUAUUGUACUGGAAUAGGUCUCAUUCCUUCGUUAGGUUCAUGGGAUGUGGAACUAAUGUCUUGCUUUCCAAUAAAAGGAGUGGCAGGGAAGAGCAACCCCUGGCUGCACUUUACCCAACAGUAAGCCUUGGCCCUAGGAGACAGGUCCGGAAAAAUAUCCACUCCAGGGUGUAGACCCUCGGUCCCACCCGAUCUGUACUCCACCCAGGAGGGCCACCCCUCCUGGUUCCCCUUAGUUCCUAAUGACUAGGGGAUAUGGGCCUCACCCCCGGAGACUGAUCAUGACUCCUGUCCAGGGCCCCCAAGGAGGGCUUCUCUCCUGGUCCCCUUACCCCUAACCGCUUAAGCGCUUCUCUGCCACCAGAAUUUUGCACAUUACUUUUUGUGUGUUUUCUGUGUGGUACCUGACAUAGAACCUUUAUGCGAAACCACUGCCAACUGGAGGAGUUUAUUAAAUCUAAUUAAAAUUGUACGAAAGAACGUUAGUGCAGUUUAACAACAAUGACUUAUGACUGAAAUGCACAUCUUGUGAACGAAACAAAAAUAUCAAGCCUAUGGGUUUUAGUUCUUUUAUUGAAUUGGGAAACGUUUGUAAUGUGGAACACUCCACAUCGUUAUGGAAAUUCCUAUAAUGAACCUAACGCAAUUGAUUUAUUUUUUCAGGUAUCAGACGAGUUGUAAAAAUUUCAUAGUACGAGCACUACAAGGAGUUGCAGCUAUCAUUUAUUUUUAUGUUAAUAAGAGGACUUUUCAAUGUUUAUAUAUUACAACACACAGUGAAUCCCUCGCGCCAAGCCCAUAUAUGCAAGAUAUCAAUAUUGUAAAUAAAAAUGAACCUGUUUCUACUAAGUUGUCUGAUUGCACUACAAAGUGGCAUGGCAUAAACAAUUCCAGUUACCAUAGCUUUGUUCACUCCUAAACCGUGCCUCCAUACCCUACUACCAAACUAUCGCCCCAUGUAAGGGAGUCCAAGACAGUCUUGAAUUCUGGAUUCUACGCCGUAAAUUCAGGAUUCUUUGUCAGUGGACCUUGGAUUCCGGAUUCAUGUCGUUGGAUUCCAGAUUCCUUGAGCUGUCUCACGGAUUCCAAAGCCCGGGAUUCCGGAUUCCACAAGCAAACAUUUCCCGGAUUCCCUUACAAGGGGCGAAAACUACAUAGUAAAAGCAGGUUUAAGCUCGUUUAAAACUAAGACAAUGUUCACACUAUACUGUAUGUGUCGGCACGAAAACCAUACAGAAUAGAACUUCCCUUCACACAUAAGUAUGGCGAUUUCGGCGCGAUUUCUCUAAUGGCUUAAAGCUGUGUCGCGCAGAUCUCGCGCCGGCCUCUCUGCCAUACUCUGGUGAAGUGUGAAGAGGUAUUUGGACCAUAGCAGAGGUGAAUAAGUAGCAACGAGGACUGAAACCCACUGAGACGUAGUCAGUAAAAUUCUUAUAAGCGAAAGUAAACUUUGCAAACAAAAGACAGGAUGACAAUGGGCUACUGUUGACAUGACAAUUCUCUUUAUGGACACACCGUUGGAGUGCACGGUCGGACUUGUUUCUUUGCUUCUCCAAUAAGCUUGCAACUUUCAAGAAGCUUACUUAAAGAACCUAGCAACUCUCUUUUAGAUUAUUUAAGAAAGAGAUUGAGCAGUUUCUACUACCAGCUGUCGCCAUAAUACGUUAGAAACGUGAUAUUGAAAAUGCUCAGAACAAAUAACGUCAUAAUAUUUUCACAUUCUUGAGGUUUCUGUAAUCUAGACUUCAAAGUUAGUCUACCAUGAACGUCUUUAUAUUUUAAAGAAAGACUGACCAAUACCAAUGCUCAUUAUGGAUUUAAGAAAAGGAUUAAUUGACUUGGUGGCGUUUAUAAUUCCUUUACAGUCCACUGUUUGAAUGGCUGAGGUCAUGACCCUAUUCAGAUAUUUUAGUUCUUAUGGGUUCAAUCAUACGCGUGGUGCCACUGUGACACGGAAUUUAAGUGUCCACGGAACAAAGAAAAUUCACGAGGCGCUUUUGAAUGUGUCAGUGAAACGGAAUCCGCCAAGCAGUCAAAGACAUGCGAAUCUUGGUGAGUUACUUGUGUGUAUUUAUUUUAGCACUUGUAACGAAAGGUCUCUGUAGAUAUUUAUCAUGAUGCAAAAAAGCAUCUUCUAUCGUUUAAAACCGAUGUAAAGUUAAAGUAAAAAACAGAGCGCGCUAAAGUUAGUAUACGCGAAAUAUCGAAUUAAAACUUUGAAAAUAAGGCAGUUAGUAAUUAUUUUAUUUCGAACAAAUCCUCUAAAUCAUCCGACCAAGAAGCACUUGCAUUGCAAUGAAAACAGCAGCAUUUGAUGGUACCAAAAUAAAAUCUUGUUGCUCAUACGUCUUGGAAAAAAGCCUUUCAAAGGGGGCAUCGCUAGUCAGGAGUAAUGAAACGAAUAUUUUAACUGGAGUUUUUGCGAGACGCAAGUUCCUUUUUACCUCUUACUUAAUUGCACUUUUUGGGAUAACUGUUUUUUUAUGGAUAGAUUCUUGAGUGGAAACUGGCUGAUACAUGGCCAUACAUGGCCAUACAUGGCUGAUACAUGGCCAUACAUGGACUGGGGGAUCUUAUAAUUAGUGCAUUCUUUUGUAAACUAAGAUGAUAGUUUAAACGAUUGCAGUGUAUACCAGUUCCAGCUUCUUGCUUGUCAUCGUUAGUGUUAUUUAGCUCUACAAAGUAUAUUGUAAUUCGGUUAUUUGCGAAAUAUCGUGGUAUUUGUUCAUGAUCUCGAGGCAGUGUUACCAUGCUUUUAUUCCUGAAUUUCAGGGCAGUUCGUCACAAUUCCAACGAUGCAAUCACUACUCAAUUCAGAUAACAGAGAACAAGGAAGAUCAUUAUCAAUACCCACUGGUAUAUCAUCACUGGAACCAGACCGUCAGCUUAAAAUAAAUAAUAUCUCUUACAAAGGAUAUUUAUAACUUUUACGCUGUUUUCUUUUCAGCAUGAAGGCAAUGAAGAAAGACCACAUCACCGAAUAGUACGUUCCCUUCGAAAACUUCUUAAUGAGAUAGUGGACUUCACGCGACUUCAUUGCCUUACUUUACGAGAAACGAGUUACCCAAGACUUCACAUAGCCAUAUAUUCUCCAUAUAACUACAGGUGAGAUGUUCCAUUCUUUUCUUUGGUUCAAUACCAGCCACACGAAGUUCCUUUUAGUCACCAAGCAUAUUUUUUUGAACAAUGACAAGAAAAACCUUGCUUUGACUGCUCUCUAUGCCUUUAAUGUCUCAAAAAUACCAAAAUGCUCUUUGCUGUCCCUCCAAAAUUUUGCAUAAGCAUUGUUUCAAUUUCUCUUUGGGCGAUUUUCAGUCCAUUUCUUUUCCAGUGCCUAAACAUGCUCCAUCGUAUGAUUACAUUGGCCUUCUAACAUUUCUGUCGUCCUUAAACAGAGCCAGUCCAGGCAAUGGAUGGAAAGGAUUAAAUUGGGUACGUAAAAGUUCAAUGACAACUUAAAGACUAACUUAAUACAAAAUCUAUCCUUAACUGGAUUUCAAAUACUUUGGCUUAAUGAAAGCAAACAUUAUUGUGGUCCUCAAUUUCUUUAGUUCAGAACACUGAGCCAGUUAACCUUAAUGCCUGAUAAACCCAGUCAGAGUAGCGCAAAUAUACAGAUCUCCAAAUUAUUCAAAAGGAGCAAAUCAAAACCGUGUUUUAAAUUCUUUAUACAGCCGAAAGAAUAAAUAUAUAUUAAAAGACUUCUGGUUUGACUUUCCUGUUUUUACAGUAUUUUUGACGCUCACGUUUCAUUGCAUUCAUUAUAAUUGACUUCAUGGAAUCUUUUAUGGUAUAUAGUUUCGGUCUGCAAUGGCAGGCAGCAGUGUUUCUACGGGAAUGAAUGUAAUAAAAUGAUCUGUAGGCCAAAAAAACCCCGACAUAUUACUUAAAGGAAUGAUCGCACCACUUACAUAGUCAGUUAAAGCAAUUAAGAAAAAAAAGCCUGAAUUUGCUUUUAUCACAGGUAUAUUGGUGGACAAAUUUGACAUCCGAAGUUCAUAUAUGAUUUAUUUCUGACGCGUUUGCACAGAAGAAAAUAGAUAUUGCUAACCGGUUUAGAUGAAGGGCUUUGAAUAGUUAGAAUAAAGUUACAUAGAACGUCAACGAGUAAAAUAACAAAAUCGUCCAGGCAGUUAAAUAUAAUUAGAAAUUUACGAAAGAACGUUAGUGCAGUUAACAAUAAUGACAUGACUGAAAUGCACAUCUCGUACUACGAAACAAAAAUAUUAAGCCUAUGGUUUAUACUUGUUUUAUUGAAUUGGAAAACGUUUGUAAUGUGGAAUACUCCACAUUUCUAUGGAAAUUCCCGUACAAGAACCUAACGCAAUUGAUUUACUUUUUCAGGUAUCAGAAGAGUUGUAAAAAUGUCAUAGUAUGACCACUGCAGGGCGUUGCAGGCAUCAUUUCAAACUGGAAUUGCACAUAAACUUGCGGGUUUAUGUUAAUAAGAGGACUUUUCAAUGUUUAUAUAUGACAACAGGAAGUGAAUCCCUCGCGCCAAGCCCAUAAAUGAAAGAUAUCAGUAUUGUAAAUAAAAAUAAACCUGUUUAUACUAAGUUGUCUGGUUGUACUAAAGUGUGGCAUGGCAUAAAGAAUUACAAUUACCAAAGCUUUGCUCAGUUCUUAACCGUGCCUCCAUACUUUAAUACUUCAAUAGGGAUACUCCUAAAACAGUGUUCACUACACUAGGAGAUAAAAAUAAAUAAAUAAAUAAUAAUUAUGGACAAAAGAAAAAUUUACAUGUCAAGUCUAAAAUAGAUAUCUACAUUAUAAAAUUACUACAGUAUUUAUAAGAUUUUAUCUACACUAAAAUUUAAUAUUAUAAUAACCUAAUCAUGGAACUUAUUGUGGGCAUUAUACCAUUAGUGAAGGGAAACAUAUCAGUAGUUACAGGUAACUUAUUCCAGGCUACUAUUGAACUUGGGUAGAACGAAUAUUUAUUUAUUAUAUACAUACUGAGAAAUACUCACCAAAAAGCUAUGUCGUAAAUUUUCGUACGCAAAUUAGUCCUAGCCAAUCAGAGGAGCGAACGAUGGUUUUCACACGCAAAAAAAAUGAUACUUCCAAUCAGAAUCGCGAACGAUGUUUUUUCACGUGUGAGAAAAAUGAUACGUCCAAUCAGAAGCCACAGAGCUGUGUGAGUUUCGUGCCAAAAUUCCCGCCUUUUCUUGCAGCUUGCAGCGCCGCUUCGCACACAUUCAACGAGAAAAGUUUUACUCAAAGAGUUUGUCUCGCUAAAAAAGUGAAAAACAUUUCGGAAAUGGAGUGAAAUGGUUUCGUUUGUUUCACUGUCGAUAAAGAAAACGGUAGAGAGCCGGCGAAACAACAGCGGAAAGGGAGAAACAGAACGAGACGUAAGCUUUUGUUGUGCUUUUUGUCGGAGCUACUUUUUUGCCUUUCAUUUAAGCUUAAGCUUAUAUUGAAACCGGCCAUUUUACUUAAACUCACUCAUUUUCAGUUGUGCAUUGAGAACAAACAGUUAAGAUCACUUAUAGUUCUUGGAUUACCUCAUAUCCUUUCGUCAUUUGUUUUUAACAAACGUUUUUACUAAAAAGCUGAUACUUCGUUUUCGUUGUCAUUUUGCGGUAAGUGUGUAGCGGCAAAUUUUAGCAUUUUUGAAAGAUUUAAAAUAAAAAGGCCGCCAAAAUCAUGAAUGUCUCAGCAUGUAUAUAAUAAACACAAUACCACAUGGAAAGUGCUUUGUACGCUAUUUACGCACUCGUUGUUUUUGUAUCAGAAAUCUUACUCGUUCGCUGCGCUCACUCGUUCGAUUUCUGAUACGUCAACAACUCGUGCGUAAAAACCGUACGCCAGCACUUUCCAUGAAGUAUUCUCUAUAGACGUUACAACUGGAUUGAAUAUGACGGAAAGGGAAUACAUUGGGGGCUUGAGAAGCUCUUGUUACAGUGGAACCCCGUUAAUGCGACCACCGUCGGGCGAUAAAAUCCUGGUCGUAAUAACGAGGUGGUCGCAUUAACGGGGUCUUCAAUAUAAGAAAAUGAGUUAAUGGUUUUUACGUUUGGUUUGAAAGAAUAUGGCCGUAAUAACGAGGUGGUCUUAUAAACGGGGUGGUCGUAAGGCGGGGUUCCACUGUAGUCAACAUACUUCAGAUGGAAGGGAAAUACCAACUAAACCUUGUUGGAUUUUAUAAAACAUCGAUAAUUAGUACAAAAUUGGUACCCCACUACCAAACUAUCGGCCCAUUUACACGCAGUGAAUUCCGGAUUCUUUGUAACUGGAACUUGGAUUCCGGAUUCAUAUCGUUGGAUUCCGUAUUUCUUGAGCUGUCUUACGGAUUCCAAAGCCCGGGAUUCCGGAUUCCACAAGCAAACAUUUCCCGGAUUCCCUUACAAGGGGCGAAAACUACAUAGUAAAAGCAGGUUUAAGCUCGUUUAAAACUAAGACAAUGUUCACACUAUACUGUAUGUGUCGGCACGAAAACCAUACAGAAUAGAGCUUCCUUUCACACAUAAGUAUGGUGAUUUCGGCGCGAUUUCUCUAAUGGAGCAAAGCUGUGUCGCGCAGAUCUCGCGCCGGCCUCUCUGCCAUACUCUGGUGAAGUGUGAAGAGGUAUUUGGACCAUAGUAGAGGUGAAUAAGUAGCAACGAGGACUGAAACCCACUGAGACGUAGUCAGUAAAAUUCUUAUAAGCGAAAGUAAACUUUGCAAACAAAAGACAGGAUGACAAUGGGCUACUGUUGACAUGACAAUUCUCUUUAUGGACACACCGUUGGAGUGUACGGUCGGACUUGUUUCUUUGCUUCUCCAAUAAGCUUGCAACUUUCAAGAAGCUUACUUAAAGAACCUAGCAACUCUCUUUUAGAUGAUUUAAGAAAGAGAUUGAGCAGUUUCUACUACCAGCUGUCGCCAUAAUACGUUAGAAACGUGAUAUUGAAAAUGCUCAGAACAAAUAACGUCAUAAUAUUUUCACAUUCUUGAGGUUUCUGUAAUCUAGACUUCAAAGUUAGUCUACCAUGAACGUCUUUAUAUUUUAAAGAAAGACUGACCAAUACCAAUGCUCAUUAUGGAUUUAAGAAAAGGAUUAAUUGACUUGGUGGCGUUUAUAAUUCCUUUACAGUCCACUGUUUGAAUGGCUGAGGUCAUGACCCUAUUCAGAUAUUUUAGUUCUUAUGGGUUCAAUCAUACGCGUGGUGCCACUGUGACAAGGAAUUUAAGUGUCCACGGAACAAAGAAAAUUCACGAGGCGCUUUUGAAUGUGUCAGUGAAACGGAAUCCGCCAAGCAGUCAAAGACAUGCGAAUCUUGGUGAGUUACUUGUGUGUAUUUAUUUUAGCACUUGUAACGAAAGGUCUCUGUAGACAUUUAUCAUGACGCUAAAAAUUCAUCUUCUAUCGUUGAAGUCUGAUGUAAAGUUAAAAAAGUAAAAAACAGAGCGCGCUAAAGUUAAUAUACGCGAAAUAUCGAAUUAAAACUUUGAAAAUAAGGCAGUUAGUAAUUAUUUUAUUUCGAACAAAUCCUCUAAAUCAUCCGACCAAGAAGCACUUGCAUUGCAAUGAAAACAGCAGCAUUUGAUGGUACCAAAAUAAAAUCUUGUUGCUCAUACGUCUUGGAAAAAAGCCUUUUAAAGGGGGCAUCGCUAGUCAGGAGUAAUGAAACGAAUAUUUUAACUGGAGUUUUUGCGAGACGCAAGUUCCUUUUUACCUCUUACUUAAUUGCACUUUUUGGGAUAACAGUUUUUUUAUGGAUAGAUUCUUGAGUGGAAACCGUGCUGAUGUGUAAUUAGUUUUUUUGCCAUAGAUGGUUCUUAUAUUUAGUGCAUUUUUUGUAAAUUUAGAUGAUAGUUUGAACGAUUGCGGUGUAUACCAGUUCCAGCUUCUUGUUUGUCAUCGUUAGUGUUAUUUACUUCUACCAAGUAUAUUGUAAUUCGUUUAUUUGCGAAAUAUCGUGGUAUUUGUUCAUAAUCUCGAGGCAGUGUUACCAUGCUUUUCUUCCUGAAUUUCAGGGCAGUUCGUCACAAUUCCAACAAUGCAAUCACUACUCAAUUCAGAUAACAGAGUACCAGGAAUAUCGUUAUCAAUACCCACUGGUAUGUCAUCACUGGAAUCAGACCGUCAGCUUAAAAUAAAUAAUAUCUCUUACAAAGGAAAUUUAUAAGCUUUACGCUGUUUCCUUUUUAGCAUGAAGGCAAUGAAGAAAGACCACAUCACCGAAGAAUAUGUUUCCUUUGAAAACUUCUUAAUGAGAUAGUGGACUUCAUACGACUUCAUUGCCUUACUUUACGAGAAACGAGUUACCCAAGACUUCACAUAGUCAUAUAUUCUCCAUAUAACUACAGGUGAGAUGUCCCAUUCCUUGCCUUUCUUUGGUUCGAUACCAGCUCAGUCGCGGAUCCAGGUGCCCCCCCUUACUUUUAGACCAAACUGAGGCGCGAUGGGCCGAAGAAAAAUUUUUUGGAGACCGGCCCCCCUCCUUAUCUCAGGGUCUGGAUGACCGGGCCCCUCUCCUCUUAUCUCAAGGUCUGGUUCCGGCACUGCAGCCACACAAAGUUCCUUUUAGUCAACAAGCAUAUUUUUUUGAACAAUAACAAAAACCCUGCUUUGAUUGCUCUCUAUGCCUUUAAUGUCUCAAAAAUACCAAAAUGCUCUUUGUAGUCCCUCUCAAAUUUUGCGUAAGCAUUGUUUCAAUUUCUCUUGGGGCGAUUUUCAGUCCAUUUCUUUUCCAGUGCCUAAACAUGCUCCAUUAUGUGAUUAUAAUGGGUUUCUAACAUUUUUGUCGUCUAUAAACAGAGCCAGUCCAGGCCAUGGAUGGGAAGGAUUGAAUUGGGUACGUAAAAGUUCAAUGUCAUCUUCAAGACUAACUAAAUACAAAAUCUAUCCUUAAGUGGAUUUCAAAUACUUUGGCUUAACGAAAGCCAACAUUAUUGUGGUCCUCAAUUUCUUUAGUUCAGAACACUGAGCCAGUUAACCUUAAUGCCUGAUAAACCCAGUCAGAGUAGCGCAAAUAUACAGAUCUCCAAAUUAUUUAAGAGUAACAAAUUAAAACCGUUUUUUAAAUGCUUUAUACUUCCGAAGGAAUAAAUAUAUAUAAAAAGACCUCUGGUUUGACUUUCCGGUUUUUACAGUAUUUUUGACGCUCAAGUUUCUUUGCAUUCAUUACAAUUGACUUCCUGGAAUCUUUUAUGGUAUGCAGUUUAGGUUUGCAGUGGCAGGCAACAGUGUUUCUACGGGAAUGAAUGUAAUAAAAUGAUCUGUACGUUAAAAAACACUGACGUAGCACUUACAUAGUCAAUUUAAGCAAUUUACGAAAAAAAGCCUGAAUUUGCUUUUAUCACAGGCAUAUUGGCGGACAAAUUUGACAUCCGAAGUUCAUAUAUGAUUUAUUUCUGACACAUUUGCACAGAAGAAAAUAGAUAUUGCUAGCCGGUUUAGAUGAACAGCUUUAGUUACAUACAACGUGUACAAUGCAAAAUCGUCUAGGCAGUUAAAUCUAGUUAAAAAUUUACGAAAUGCAGUUUGACAAUACUGACUUAUGAUUGAAAAGCACAUCUCGUACUACGAAACAAAAAUAUCAAGCUUACUUCUUUUAUUGAAUUGGGAAACGUUUGUUACGUGGAUCACUCCACAUUUUUAUAGAAAUUCCCGUAAAUGAACCCAACGCAGUUGGUUUAUUUUUUCAGGUAUCAGACGAGUUGUAAAAACUUCAUAGUAUGACCACUACAGGGCGUUGCAGCCAUCAUUUCAAACUGGAAUUGCACAUAAACUUGCGGGUUUAUGUUAAUAAGAGGACUUUUGAAUGGAGAUGGACAAAUCUCAAAAAUGCUGAUUCAAUAGUCAACAAUACAAUACGGACCGAAGCCAGUUUUUAAGGUCAUUUUCACGAUGACGACAUUUGACUACAACUACCAGAAUUCAUUUCGUCUUCGCCUAGUAAUUGAAACUUGUCAAUCUCGCCGAGAUUUCAAAAACAACAAACUGAAGGAUUCUGGAAGUUGUAGUAAAAUGAUGUCAUGGUGCAACUGUGCUAUUGAUAAAAGGUUUCCGUGACUUUUCAACAAUGAUAUUGUAAAAAAUUUAACAACUCAGUCACUUUGAUGCUCAUUAGUAUCUAAAAACUCUCAAAUCUGAUUAGCUAAAAGCAGUCUCGAUUUGCGCAUUCAUAAAGCAGUAUAUGUAGCUAAAAAAGCAUGAACAAAAAAAUUGGUCUUCUUAAGUGCGAUGAAUUAUUUUAUCAACUUGUUUAUCUCAAAUGUUAUAAAUACGUAAUCGGUCCCAGAACUUCGUGUCUAUAAUUACACACGCAAUUAAACUCCCAUUUUUAAGGAUCGGAAGGACCCCACUCGGUGCUAUUACCAUUACAAAUAAACCGAACGAAGCCACGUGCUAAGAAAAGAGUAAGGGUGCCGGUAAAGCAUACAAUCACUAACGUUUCUUACAUCGUAGUUUUCAGUACCUGAAAGACCGUUCCCUAAUUUUACCUCGAUUUGAUUGGUUUAAGUCGUACUUAAUUGGUCGUAGACAGUAUACGACUGUAAAUGGUUAUAUUUCUGAUUCUCAUCGAACCCUUUGUGGAGUAUCACAAGUUUCCGUUCUGAGACCCUUGCUUUUUCUCUUGUAUAUUAAUAAUCUAUAUAGAUCCUCAAAUAAGCUUCAAUUUUACUUAUUCGCCGAUGAUACUAGUUUAACUUAUGCAAACGGAGAUCUUAAAAAACUUGAAACUGAGAUAAACGAAGAACUUUUCAAAGUAUGCUCGUGGCUAGUUGUCAAUAAAUUAACCUUGAAUAUCGAAAAAACUAACUAUAUCAUCUUUCGUCCACGCCAAAAGACUAUUCCUUUUCAUCCUAAUAUCAAAAUAAUUAAUAAUAAUUCAAAUACCAGUCAACCGUUAGAAAUGAAAAAUUAUAUUAGAUAUCUUGGUAUACUCAUUGAUUCGAACCUUUCAUGGAAAUUUCAUAUAGAUUACGUUUGUCAAAAAGUCAGUAAAACAAUCGGAAUUAUCGUCAAGCUCAGACAUUUUGUUCCCCGUCAUGUACUUCUCACUUUAUACCGCUCUUUAAUUUUACCUUAUAUCAGUUAUGGUAUCUGUGCGUGGGGUAAUGCUGCUGAAACGCAUCUUCAUAAACUACUGGUUCUCCAGAAGAGAGCCCUCAGGCUAAUGUUCUUCGCUGAACCAAGAACUCAUGCAGUUCCAUUGUUUUUAGAAACAAAACAGUUGCCGAUAUCGUUCUCGCUAUUUGAGCAAAUGAGCCUUUUAAUGUACGACGUCCAUAAUAAUCUCGCUCCUGAUAACAUUAAGAAUAUGUUCACGAAACUGUCUCCUGUCCACAGUUACCGGACUAGAUCUGUUACUAAUGAAAAUUACUAUGUUGAACAAGUUAGAACUGAAAAUAUGAAGCGAGUCUUCUCUAUUUCCGGUGCUUUAAUUUGGAACAGUAUUCCACUUUCUAUGAAAACACUUAAAAAAAUCAAUUCAAAAGCGAACUAAAGACAAAACUCUUUGAAAUACUGGAAAAAGAGGACGACUAUAUUAGAGUUUCUGAUAUUACAGGGCAAUUCUCAAAAUCGUAACAUGGUGUGCUUCCGUAUGAAGUACAGUCUGCCUUCCUGUCUCACUCUGGCUAUAAACCACACGACAAACUAGAUUGCUUCUAGGAUUGUUCGUUUAACACACAUAUAUAUAUAUAUAUAUAUAUAUAUAUUUAUACAAUUUUCCUUUUUCUCUUGUACCCGCCUCGAAUAGCCUUCGCUAAUUGCGGGCACAAGCUUUGUAAGCUAUAUUUCAUCUGAAAUAAACUUGUUGUUGUUGUUGUUUAACAAUAAGAAGUCUAACUCAAAUAAACAAUGUGAGAGAAACUCUUUGAAAUAACUGACUCAUAAGUGAUACAGACCUCGCAAAAAUAUCCUAACAGGAACUGCACGUGUACUGUCCUUUUUCCGUCCUUCACUGAACAAACAUGACUAUGAAGGUUAUAAAAAAAGCCUCGUCAUCAAGCGACGAAAACGCUGCCAGGGAUAACCGCUGAUCGCAUAAUGGUAUGCCUUCCUGAAAGAAAGUGUAGAAAGUUAUUAAAAAGGCUAGAAGCAUUUAAUAUACUUCAGUUCACAUUUGGCUCCUAAAUGUUGCUGAGUAAUCCACUAAUAACUUAGUUACACCACAAGCUUGAAGACGACAAAUAUUUUGAUUUCCAAAAAAUUAAGCAAGGCAGUUUUUAGGUAUACUUAAAAUGGUUUAACAUGUACAUAGAGCAAAUUAGUUGGCCCUGUCUAGCACUCAUAUUACUGCCUGAAAAAUAUACUAGCCAAAUAUAUAGGCCGCUUGUUUUGUUGAACAAAUAAAUAUUCACGUUUUCAGUGGGCAUAUGCCGUUGAAACAUUCGAGUAAUUACAGGUUUUAAGCACGUUAUCUCUUAAGACUGAAAUUUACCUUAACCGCAAAAAAUUCCAACACGUGUACUUUAGCGAGCUUUGCUCGGCAUACAGUCAAGUUUAGGAUAUUGAAGCCGCAGCCCCUUACACUCAUUCGACCACCAACACCUCCGUGUCAACAAAAGACAGCAACGAAACCAUAAGAAGAUUGGCUUUUAAUACACGGAUUCCCGGACGCCUGAUUUUCGAAGACCAGUUACGGUUAUAAUCCACGGUUAAAAAUAUCCACGAUUCGCUUUACUUUCUUAUAGCAGGUUAUGAGCCGUUGUUUUGGGCUAAAACAAGAAGGAUUUUGAGUAAAGCCAAAAAAAAUUCUGGUUAUCCUAGACUAGAAAGAAAUGGCUUUAAAAUUUCCGUAAACUUCGGGUUAAAGUUAAUCACUCCACUGUACUCCGGACCCGGCUUAACACAAUUAUCAUGGUUCCUUCAUGACAUCUAUCUACCGGAAAAUACAUUCACAGUUCUAGACUACGAGUAGUCCCCAUUUUUCCUCAGGGAUAGUAGAGCGAGCGAAACGUGAGGGAGACGCGACCGCACGUGGGCUUUGUCUGUAGUCACUCAUUUUUCCUCUCCCCGCCGCGUCUCGCCUUUCUCGCGUGGGGUGAUUUUCACGCGCGCUUGUGUUUCGCCCACUCUACUAUCCCUGAGGAAAAAUGGGGACAACUCGUUCUCUAUAUUUAGGUCCUCAAAGCAACCAAAUUUGUAAACGCCUUAAAUUUUGCACUAUUUACCAGUUUUACUUUUGUGUUAAUUUAAAGAUAAUUCUUCAAAACACAUGCCGUUUUAAAUCUUUCCUUCCAUACCAGGACCGCCUAAAUCGCUCUCAAAGGUCGAAUGUCAUGUAUAAAGCCUGUUGUUGGAAUUGUCAUGAUUUUUACAUUGGUAUAACUAAGCCACGGCUCCAUGAUAGGAAGACUGAACACUUUAAGUCCCUAACAAAAAAUGAUUACUCUUCAGAUAUUGCUGACCAUGUCAUUGCCACCGGACAUAACAUUAAGUGGGAUCAUUUUGAAAUUUUAGCAUCUGGCAAAGCAGAUUAUCAUUAUAAGAUAAAAGAAACAUUGUUUAUUCAAGGCUUAAAGCUUCUAAUGUCAACAUCAGCAGUGAAAAGCUGAUGCUUUAUUAACUGUUUCCUUUUGUAUUCAUUACCGUUAAGAAUUUUGAAUUCUUAAUCUCAUUUCCAGACCCACUGAAAAUUUUUGUAUAUAUAGUCUCGUCAUUAUCUUCAACGGUCACUUUAGAUCACUUUUAACAAUGCAUGUUGGAUAGCAUACGAAACGUCAAGUUUAUAAAACUGCGAAAGCUCACAAUGUUUAUCACCGCUGCUUGUGUUUAAUUUUUUUUAUCAAACUACGAUGGCCCACGAACAAAAGUUUCGUACCGUAUGUUGGUUUAGAGGCGAAGUUCUGAAGGUAAGAAAACUUCCUUUCGACUAAGUGCAGGGGUCGUUUGUUACCCGCCACCAAUGUUUACUAAAACCAAGUUUAGGGAGGAGGGAGAUUAACCCUCCUGUACCUCUCUCCUCUCAUAAGAAGCAUAGAUGUGGCUAACUGCGACCUCAGACCCGUCACUAAGCAAAAAAAUGGAUUGAGUCGAACCUCCCGUAAGCGACCACCCAAACUGCGAAGAUUCACUUGUCGCUUACGAGAAUCGAACCUCUCUCUAACGAGAACAAGAUUUGAUACAUCUACUGUUUGGAAGAGAAUUUAUUGCAUGCAUGUGUAGGACUUGUUAAGGCAUGAACUUUUCGUAUACAAAAGUUUCGAUGUUUCAUGAAAGGGGACUUUCCUUGAAAAUUCAAACUGCAAAUACACUUUUUUUUCUGAGAAAGCAGAAUUUGUAAAUAAAAUUGAACUGGCUGAAACUAAUUCUGUUUCCACAGCUUAGAUUGAAGCACAGAACAAUAAACAAAAGCGCACAAAAAGGAACACAAACUGAGUAACUGAAUAGAGCGUGAUUAUUGAUCUUUGAUGGCGUUAAAUUUAUAGUGAUAUAGGGAGUCGCGCAAAUGUUCGAACGUCUGUUCCCCACAUUAGAAUAGACAUACCUUGUAACAAGAAAUGCAGUUCACAGAUGUUCGGAUCAUUUAUCGUUGCACGAGAGAAUUUUUGGAUAUUUUCCAUUUACCUGACGUUUGGUGAGUGAUUUAGUCUGAUGACUACCAUUGAAAUAUAAUGUUGGCAUAAAUUCAACUUUGUAGAUCUGGAGUGGUCUUAAGACCCUUUAUAAAAUAGAGCUUUACAGUAGACAAAAGCGGAAGCAUAAAAACAAACAAACAAAAAACUCUUUUCGUUUCACACAAGUUCAAUCGCUAACAGAAGAAAGAGAUGAAGCUGGAAAAAGAAAAUGACGUUUUCAACGCAGGGCUAUUUAUUCACAACAACACAAAAUCACGGGGUUCCUUGAACCGAAUGGCAGGUUACUUAAUCCUUUUCACAGUCUCAUGACAAAUAAAUAGGCGAAAACAAGAGUAACCCAAGUUGUGGUGUGCGCUUCAGUAAACUGGGCAGAAAUUAAAAAACGAUGCAUUCAGAAGUCACAAAUGCAACAUGCUUAGUGGUGAAUCGGCGUUGAGUUGAAAGGUACCGUGGCUCGUAGGGACAAAACACUUCCCGGAAUCCAAAAACACUUCCCAGACUCCAAAAACACGUCCCAGAAUCCAAAACACUUGCCAGACGAGGACGUGUUUUUGGAUUCUGGAACGUGUUUUGGAUUCUGGGACGUGUUUUUGGAUUCUGAGAUGUGUUUUGGAUUCUGGGGAGUGUUUUGUCCCUACGAGCCACCGUAGAAAGGGUCAAAAUAAACACAAUUCAGUCAAACAAAGAGCUUUCAGAACCUUUCCUGAAAUUUGAAUGAUUCGGUAUCUAUAUUUAGACAUAAAAAAGCUACCGCUAAUAACUAGUUUGCAUAACCAGUUAAGCCGGUUUGACUACUUCAAAGACUUCUAAUCAACGAUCAAAUACUAGUGAUAAAAACUGAACGUAAUAAAUAACAGAUGAAAAGGUCAUAGCCAAUGGGUGUUUUGCACGUGAAGCUUCAAACAGACUCCUUCGCCUCAAACAACUACAUUUUUAUUUUGUUCGCAACAAGCACUACUAAAAUUCAAUGAAAAUAACAUUAAUAAGAAUCUGAAGUUCUGUUCCUAAACAAACGAUGCAGUGUUUGGCACACGUACUAAUUGACCAAGCGGGUUUCCAUUGGACGUCUUUUCCUAAGACGUCUGACGCUUUCGCUGUUUCAAGUUCGCGUUUUUCUGUGCUAGGAGAAAGUAAAAUUCUUACAAGCGAAAGUAAACUUUGCAAACAAAAGGCAGGAUGACAAUGGGCUAUUAUGUUAACAUGACAAUUCUCUUUAUUGACACACCGUUGGAGUGCACGGUCGGACUUGUUUCAUUGCUUCUGCGAUGAGCUUAGAACUUUCAAGAAGCUUACUAAAAGAACCUAGCACCUCUCUUUUAGAGAUUGAGCAGCUUCUACAACCAACUGUCAGGAUAUGUUAGAAAAUUGAUAUUGAAAAUAUUCACAACAAACGACGUCAUAAAAUACACUCUUGGGGUUCCUGUAAUUUAAACUUUGGACAAAGUUAGUCUACCAUGAUCGUCCUUUAAUUUAAAAAAGACUGACCAAUACCAAUGCUCAUUAUGGAUUUACGUGAAGGAUGACUUAACUUGGUGGCGAUUAUAAUUCCUUUACCAUUGUUUGAAUGGUUGAGGUCAUGACCCUAUUCAGAUAUUUUAGUUCUUAGUUUUCAAUAGACUUCAUACAUGAUGCCGCGGAAAUCAAGGGUCCACUGAACAAACAAUAUUCACGAGACGCACGACUCUGUCAGUGAAACGGAAUCCGCCAAGCAGUCAACUUAGGUCAAAGACUGUUGUCAAGUUAUGGCGCCUUUACUUCUGUACUUGUAUUUCUGGAUUUCGUUUUGGUGUCUGUCCUCAAAUACAAGAAUGGGAAACAAAAUCCAGAAGUAUGUAAAACAUUAAAAGUCUGUAGUCCGGUGGACAAGACAGUUCCAUCUUCUGUUUUAAGGACACAGUCUACUGAAGACCAUUGUGAGACAUUGAGUCAACAACGAAACAGCAAAAUGAAGACAGUCGUACCAUCGACGAUCAUUUUAAGAGAAACAGAACAACUGGAACAUCUGAUGGUAUGUAAAAAGAACUAAUUCCGCUAUUUCAUCGUCGCUAUUCUGGGCAAUCACCAACUGUGUUGAUUUUUCCGCGCAUUUCACGUACAUGUAUUGUGGUAAGCACAGCUGCCCUGGAAAUAAGAAACGACCGCCACUCUAAAUUGGAAAGAGGAAUCCGAGUUAAUCUGAAGUACUUUCACGCACAAAAGUGUUCAACGCAAAUAUGUUUUUCCAUUCUAAAAGACACCUAACGCCAUAAGCCAGAAAUAAGUAACGAAUUAAUAAACACCAUUAAUUUCAUUAAGUAUCGAUAUUUAAUUGAUAUUAAUUUAUCCAUGAUUACACUUAUUUUACCCAUGAUUCUUUGCACCAAAACAUAGCAUAGCGAUUCACUGCGUGAGCUACGGUGUUCGUGGACAAAGAGAAAAUAAUUUUUUUUUAUCCAUUUAGAAGGAUUUCAGAGAUGGAAAACCUUGGACAGUUGGAUGGCCUAAGGGAACAAAAUAACGGAGAUUUGGUAAGUUCUCCAAUGUAAUCUAUGAACAUUUUGUUGGCCUCAUCAUUGCGUGCAUGGAAAACUUUCUGUGAAACCUUCUUUGGCGCUACGUACCUACACUGCGAGUCAAUUCAGGUUCAAUUCAAUAUUCUCUCACAAAAAUGUAAGAAUAAGCAUUUCUUCAGUCGAAAGUUGAGAAGAUGGCACACGAUGUUGACAAAAAUAGGGGCAGUAAAGCUGUGCAAACAUUGAAUAAUACAAGAGAAAUUGAAACAAGUUUCACGUCAGCCACUGUUUUUGUGUUGAACCUGUGCACCUUUAAGCUACACGUUGGGCGCCAUAAUGGUGAGCACAGAGAGGGAGUUUACGUUUUGAGGCCGCUUUUGCAGCCUUUAGAUGGAAGAGGUUAUAUAUGCUUUAAUAGAAUCCGCUGUUUCGAAGGCAAGCCUCGAAGGCAUGAAAUACCCAGUGAAUGUUCAUCUCCCGGUGGUGGAAAAAAUUUUACUAGUUAAGGUUUGCUAGAGGACUAAAAUAUUAAGUUCAAGCCUGGCCUUUUCUUUCAUUUGAAUUAAGCGAUGGCUGUUUUUUUUUUUUAAUAGAAUUUAACGAAUCAGGAGUUCUAUAGACGAAUACUGCGCCUCAGAGAAGGAUCCCCGCAACAAAAUCGUGAACAAGGUGAUGGAAGCGACGGACAAACCAGAUUUAACUUGGUUACGCAGUGUCCACACUGUCUUAGGUAAAAUGACAUUUCAUGCACUCUUUCUCUUGUAAAAAAGCUGCCUAUUGGUAUAUAUAAAUUAUUAAAAUAAUGCACAAUCUGCAAUAAGAACAAACGAGGGGAUACUCAUCAAAUUCGCUAUGUAUAUAUAUCGCUGUUCAUUCAACUGUGUGUAAAUUGGAUUUUCGAUAUAAAAUAGUGGCAUGGAUUAAUUAUGUGUGAUUACUUUAAGGGGUAGGAUACGAUGAAUUUAAAGCCAUACAAAUCACCCAAAUUUUGCAUAAAGUUACAAGUAAAAGUUAUUGAGUGGAGCAGUACGUUACUUUUUGUGAUCAAUAACUACAUGACAAAUUUAUUGUAAUUUUGUCAAAUGUAUUAAUUUUGUCUACAAAUUACACUGGAUAAUCUUCCCCACUAUACUUCUCUAUUUAGUUAAUACGUUUUCCUCAAUCUUGCAAGUGUAAACUUGAAUAACAUUGAGGGUGUUCUGUUGUCUUUUACUAAUUGCAGUUUUUCUCUUUUUUCUUUCAAACUAUAUUUUUUACAUGACAGAUUUGAACUGAAAUUUUCUUGUCUUUUAUUUUACUCUUUGUUUUCUUUCGUCAAUCAAGCCAAUUUUCAUUGCAAUUAAUUUAACAGAAUUCUUAAUGCCACCAUUGAUAAUUCACUUUGACAUUUAACACAGGCAUAACGAGGAGAAGAAAUUGUCUCAGAUGAAAUGGGUUUUGUCUCUUCCAUCGGUAUGUUGAAGAGUUUAAUCUUACCAUUAGCCGUACUUGCAACUGCAAUCUAGUGAUCCCUCCAUGACACAGACCAGAAAAGCUGUAGUAAAACAAAAAUAUUAAUAAAUAUGAUUAAUUAAUAUCAAAAUGGCAUUAUUGGAAAUCUCUCGCAAUUUCAGGGCUGCAGCAUGAUACUAUGCUUAAUUGUUUGCCGUAACCCUUUCACUCCCAGAGUAAAUGAUGGUUCUUGUAAGAUGUUUCAGAAACUUUUGAGUCUGUAGUGAAAAUCGUAUGGUGUGACGAUUCCAAUUAUAUUUCUUCGGCAGUAUUUUCGUAUGGUGCUAUUUAUUUAGAAUAUAAUUCGAACUUUUGAGUCUCUGGUGAAAAUUCUAUGGUGUUACCAUUCAAAUGAAUUCUUUUCAGCAGUAUUUUCAUAUGGCGCAAUUUAUUUAGUAUUUAGUUCUAACUUUUGUGUCUGUGGAGAAAAUCCUAUGGUGUGACCAUUCAAAUGGAUUAUUCUCUUCAGCGGUAUUUUCAUAUGGUGCAAUUUAUUUAGUAUUUAGUUCUAACUUUUGUGUCUGUGGAGAAAAUCCUAUGGUGUGACCAUUCAAAUGAAUUAUUCUCUUCAACGGUAUUUUCAUAUGGUGCUAUUUAUUUAGUAUGUUGUUCUAACUUUUGAGUCUGUGGAGAAAAUCAUCUGGUGUGACCAUUCAAAUGAAUUAUUCUCUUCAGCAGUAUUUUCACAUGGUGCUAUUUAUUUAGAAUAAAGUUCUAACUUUUGAGUCUGUGGUGAAAAUCCUAUGGUGUGGCUAUUCAAAUGAAUUCUCUUUAGAAGUAUCUUCGCAUGGUGCUAUUUAUUUGGUAUAUAAUUCUAACUUUUGGGUCUGUAGAGGAAAUCCUUUGGUGUUACCAUUCAGAGAAAAUCAUAUGGUGUGACCAUUUAAAUGAAUUAUUCUCUUCAGCAGUAUUUUCACAUGGUGCUAUUUAUUUAGAAUAAAGUUCUCACUUUUGAGUCUGUGGUGAAAAUCCUAUGGUGUGACUAUUCAAAUGAAUUCUCUUUACAAGUAUCUUCGCAUGGUGCUAUUUAUUUGGUAUAUAAUUCUAACUUUUGGGUCUGUAGAGGAAAUCCUUUGGUGUUACCAUUCAAAUGAAUUCUCUUCAGCUGUAUUCUCAGAUGGUGCUAUUUGUUUUCCAACAUUCUACAAAGUGAGAUUGGGAAAUUUUGCUUAACUUUGAUUUUGCCCACUUCUGGGACUUAAAAGGCUAAUAACUGUUAUUACAUGUCCUUCAUUGCACAUGCCUCGCAAUCAACAAUUUUCUAAUGUGGUACAGUUGUUUACAAUCAUACAACAGACCACUUCUGAAUAAUAAUUUGACACAGGCUCCUUUACCCUUUACCCUGCAAUGGGGGUCAGAAUUCUUGGACUGGCUAAUUCAAAAUUCCUCUCGAGCGGUUGAGCUUUGUGCAAAAUGGGCAUAACACUGUUGUGAGGAGGACAAGGAGAUGGAGCCCUUGAAGCACUGCAAAAAUUUUUGGUUAGGAGGAAACGCAUAAUUUAAGUAACGGUUUUCCUAUUUGCCCGAGUACCUUUGACAUUCGAAGUGACAGAGAUUAAAUACGGAGGAAUUUUUUUACUUAAUAAGCGCUCUACAAAAUUAAAUUCUAAAAAGUGAUUUUUUUAUUGCACACACUUGCCAUCGUACUGUGCUUUGCAGAACUGAAUAUAUCAGCCUAUUUUGUUUUUCUUUUCAGGUUCCAGACAGACUAUAGUUACUGCAAACAGAUAUUUGGAAGCUAUAAACGGCCACUCUAGUGUCCACUUGAUUUAGUUUUGAAAAAUUUUUCUUUACUCCUUUUUCAAGUUCGAUGAUUUAAUGUCAUGAGCAUAAGUCUGAUUUUUGGUGGAACUGUUGAAUAUUAAUUGGUGAAAUGACGUAAGAAUAAGAAUUCGGCCUAAUAACCUAACUGUCAAUUCGCUACUUGCACACCUCCUAUAAUGCACUUUAUUUGCCCCCCAAAAUUUUGCGUGC